ACGAAAGCAUCAGUAAAUAAAACCCAAACGGUGUAGCGCGGCUCACUCAGCUAGAGAAACCUACUUCUCUUGUUUAUUUCGGACGGUGCUAAUCUGCUGAUUCAACCCAAAUUCGUUGUUGGAGAUGGACCUAUCGCUGUCUUCUUCAAAUGUCCAGGUUAGCAACCAUAUACCCGAUGAUAUUGUCUUCUCUAUUCUCUCCAAACUCUCUCUAAAAUCUUUGAAACGAUUUGAAUCUGUAUGCAAAUCAUGGUCUCUCUUAUUUCAUAACCCUAUUUUCAUGACUAUGUUCCGCCACUAUUUCAUAUCCAAGGAACAUUCUUUUUAUGAUGAUAUGUCUCUUCUCCUACAUCUGAAAAGCGAGAAUGUAUUGUACUCUCUUUCUGGUGAGAGGUUUGAGAAUAAAGUUAGAUUUCAUUGGGACAAGCUUCCUCUCAGAGAUAGGAGAAACAACUUUUCUUUUGAUAUUUUGGGUCCCAUUAGUUUUAAUGGCACUCUUUGUCUAAAAUAUUAUAACUUCUAUGGCACUCAUAAAUUCAUGUUGUGGAACCCCACAACCAUGGAAUUCAAGAUCUUUUCUGCCAAACCUGAUUGUUUUUCAAAGGUUUGGUCCGAUCAUUAUCAAGUCGGUUAUGAUCAUGUUAAAGAUGACUAUAAGAUGAUUAGGCUCACUCAUUGUCGUUCCAGAAGUAUCCAUGGGAUUUCUUCCUUCUGGGAGAUAUUUAGCUUAAACAAUAACUCUUGGAGAAAAAUUGAUGACCAUUUUCCUCUCGCAUGUAUAUGCGAUGAAGCAGUGUACCUGAAUGGAGUGUCUCAUUGGUUGGAAAUAACGGAAACACAUAUACAUUUGGUGUCAUUUGACUUCUGCAAAGAAUCUUUCAUUACAACAUCCAUGCCCUCCGACACAGAUGGUGUUUUUGAUUUCAAUUCGACUAGGGAGAUAAUAUUGACGGUAUUAAAUGGAUCUAUUGCUUUUAUACUAAAUUAUGAAGAGACAUCUACACUUCAUAUUUCAAUUUUGGGUGAACUCGGUGUAAAAGAAUCAUGGACUAAACUCUUUAUUGUUGGACCUUUAACUUGCCUUAACUUUCUUAUUGGAGUAGGGAAGAAAGGAAAUAUAUUGAUCACUAAGAAAGACAAUGAACUAGCUUGGUUUGAUAUAAGUACCGGGACUAUUGAUGAGAUUGGUAUUACUGCGAAAUCAUAUUGCAAGAUAUCAAUCCAUAAGGAAAGCCUUCUUCCAAUUGGAGGAAUACACGGUGAAUUUUCUUCUUGUUUUCAGCCGUGUGAUAUAUGAUUAUGGCUAUUUGUAUUUUACCUUGUACACAAAGUGGCUUGUCAAAUGCUAGAUAUUGAAGGUGUUUAUUUCCUCUGUAUGCCUGCAAAUAUACUGUCUUAUUUAUUAUAGAUAAGCCUUUGAAGGGGUGUCUUUCUCUUUUGCUUCUUAUAAUUAUAUUUUGAGGCAGUGGCUUAAACUCCUAAUUUUGUAGAGAGAAAAUUUGAGCAUGAUAUCAGUCCUACAAUAGUAAUAGAUUCUUGAAACUUUUGUAUUCAUGGAGGCUGGAGCUGAAUAUUUAAACUGAAUAUUUUGUUUCACUUGCCAAAUAAAUAAAAAUGACUCUGACGACCUCUAGAAUUUGUUUUACCUUGCUUCUGGGACAUUUAUUUUAUGCAACAAUAAAUCGUAUAGCCAUAGUGGAGGAUGACUGUCAUCAAAUGAGAGAGCUGAAAGUUUGUGUCGAGGUUGCAAAUGUUGCCAAAUAUCAGAUUUUGUAUAUUUCUGAGACUGUGAUUGAAGAAUGUUAUCUCUUGAAAAUUCAUAUGUUCAAUACAUCACAUAGCCACUUUAAACUCUCACUCCAAAAUGGUAGUGUUCAUGUUGAAGAUAAUGUUUCCUCCACUAUUUCUACUCAUGAUUUCUUUCAAAACUUAGAUG